UCUUGUCACUAAACAUCUAGAUGUGAAAGGAGUACAAGUCAUUCCCCUUUAUAUUAAUAUAACUCUAGUCAUCAUACACAUUACACAGUAUAACAUAUGCUCAGGCGUAAAUUAUAAAAUGAUGAAUACCAAUAUCCUUGUAAAGCUGUUACAUUAUAUUUCAAGAUAUAAAUACGAUAAUGUGAUUGAAUUCCCUCUUUAUGGAACAGAAGUUUUUCUCAGAAGAUAACUAGAGCCAAUGAUUCCGUACUAUAACAAGCAAUAUCUACAAAAUCACUGUACUGAUAUGCAUGAUACAUGGAAGAAACCAAUAUAUAGAAUAUGAUAAUAAAUAAAAUGAUAUAUUUAAUUGGAAACUAUACUCUAAUGUGAAUUUAACAGUAAUGAUGAAUUAGAAUCUUUACAGAAAUAAUAUUAGCACAUUAAGUAAAGAAGAAUGACUUGAAUGUUCUGCGUGUACUUACUGUUAGUGGAUGUCCUAAUCAUUCAAAUGACUUUAUCAGAUUAUGCCUUAAAAAAGUUCUUUCCAAUUGUUGUAUGAAGUCUAACUUUAUCCUGAUCAAAGACCAAGGACUCGGGAAGGGGAAAGUAGAUAGUAAAACUAUUGGUUCAGAGAACCACUUGACCUUAAUCACAUGUCUGAAAGUGACCACACAGGUGUAAAUGCCUACGACUUAAAGAUACCUUUCUAACAAUGUAGUAAAACAAGUUAAUAGGGCAUUAUAUGUAACACAAUAUACUAAACAGUGUAUUACCCAUGAUGAUGAAUGAUGAAUGUUAUUGAUAAUGUAAACGAAUGCUGAUGAAUAUGUAUAUGAUGAUCAAGAGAGAUAAUUAACUUUAAGAAACAUUUUCAAAUAUAUUGAGAACAUUGUAUUGUUAUUUCUCACCACUAAGUAAUAUUAACCCACAUGCAUAAAAUGCAGAUACUGCGAUAUGCAUGCAAUUAGAAUUACUCUCUACUACAGAGCUCUGGCAGAUCUAUUUCCGGUUUCCUUCAGUGCGGAAGUUGACAUGAACUCUAAUCAUUCAAUGAGUAAAAAAUCCCACGUGAUGUAAAUUUAAAUAAUAAUAGCUUUCGCAGGGGUCAAAAAAUUUACUUCUCAAUACUACAAUAAAAAAGAAAGAGAAAAAAUGCUACAAUUUUAAAUUUCCGGCUAUAACGCAAAGUAUCGGAACGUAAAUUAGGCGACAGAGGUAAAACUUCACUGAACAAGCUGGAGCUGGAGCAAGAUUGAGCCAUGGAUGAAAACUUACCAGAACCCUCCAUUAAUCCUUACUUCAAUCCCAGCAAAUCCGGGGAAAAUUACGUUCGUUUAUGUUACCUCGUCUCGACCAUCGGUGGCGAUUUGUUUAGGGACAUCCUCAGUCGUUACAUCCAACCAGCUGACCUGAGGCUACAGUUAGAUAAGAAUAGAACGAAGUUGGAGAGAAUCAUGAACGCUGAGCAGAAGGAAAAGAUCUAUCCAUUGUCUGGCACGACUACUCUCACCUCUAAAGAUUUAGAUAUAUCUGUCUUGUACAUCCUUCUAAGGAACAUCUGCAGCAUUCCAAAACAUAAAAAUGGUUGGGGAAACCCCCCACUAGAUGGUGACACGAGUCUGGCGGCCUGUAUAGAGCGAAUCAGAAUUCAGAGAAACUUGAUUCCUGGGCACUCACCCAUUGGCGAAAUUGAAGACACCGUGUUUCAAGACCACUGGGACAAGCUGAAGAACUCGAUACUGGAAAUUGAGAAACAGAUGACAGGUGGUAAUAUGUAUGAACGUUGGAUAGCCAAUAUGUUGACAUGUGACCUUAAUCCUACCAAAAAGGAGGAGCGCUUUAAAAAAAUUGAAGACAGGCUGAAAAAGGUUGAAAGUUCCCAGUGGACACAUGCACCUGAUGCAAAGGAGACAACAGACAUAGGGAUUCUCAGAACAAUGGUAGCUGCAGUGAUCCUUUGCAUUGGCAUCAAAAAAGCGUACGACAGUAUUGAUACUGGAAAUGAAUUGGGAUUUAUGAAGAUUGGGGACUACAUUAUGUAUCUGCAUUCACGAUCUCACAUCACUUCAGUAUUGUUGGGCUUUGAUUUGUAAAUGCUGUGGUGCGAUAAUACUUCGACAACUCACGAGAAACGUCUAUUAAAAAUGAUAAUAAUAAACACGUUCAAGUACCUUUUCUAUCUAAAAUUUUGGAACUAGUUCAAGUCUACCAUCCACAGUGAACAUUUCGUUCUGCGGGUUCGUUAUACCUUCUAAAGCCACGUGCUCGUACUAAACUGCAUGGAAAAAGACGGUUUGAUGUCUGGAAAUUGCCUCUCUGUUCAUCUUCGUGUCGACUGUUAAUUAUCUGUUUUUAAAAACAAACUUGAAACAUAUCUUUUUAAACUUCCGUUUAAUCUGUAAUUAGGUAUUUAUGGAUACAGUUAUUUAAAACCCACCUCAAUUUUAGUAGUAUUUUAUGCCUUUUUCUAUGUAUUUAUUGUUCCUUGGUUUAGUUUAGUUUUAUUGAAUUACAUGUUUUGGGUAAUUGUCUUAAUUAGAUAAAGCGCUAUAUAAAUGUAUAAUAAUAAUAAUAAUAAUAAUGAUAAUGACAAUAAGGAAAGUUCUAAUACUCAAUGAAGUAAAGUUAUUUCUUCCAUUUUAAUGUUACUUUGUCAUGUGGAAAUUUUCAUUUUUAAUACAUCGGUCCUUGCAAUCAGUUUAUUCACACUUCCAGUAAGAACCUAUUAUUCUCUCUGUUCCAUUGAAAAGGAAUAAAAAAUAUGCCCAUUUUUAGCCUUGUCUUAGAUGACAGUGAUGGAAUACAAGAAAACAAUGAGGUAUUCAAAUCUUUUUAGCUUACCUGAGUUGAAAAAUUAAGUGAGCUUUUUUAAUCGUCAUAUGUCUGUCGUUUGUCUGUCCGGUUUACAUUUUCAAAUGCUUCUCAAGAACAACUCCGCCAAUUUUAACAAAACUUUUCAAAAGCAUCGUUUGGUCAAGGGCUUUCACAUUUGUUCAAAGUAAGGGUCAUGCCCCUUUCAAUGGAGAGAUACUAAUAAAAAUGCAAAAAUAGGGUGGAGUCAUUUAAAUUAUUCUUCUAGAAAGCCAGAAGUGCUGAAAUUUACAUUUCGAUACAAAUAUAUACAGUGUAGGGAAAAUCAUCAACUAUUCCUCUGUAAAAUCACUUAGCCAGAAAAAGUUUGCAUAUUAAUGAAGGCUUCUUGACACAGUGUAGAUUUAAUUUUUGUUAAAACCAUGACUCCAAGGGGGGGGGGGGGGUAGAAUGGGGACACAAUAGUGGAUCAACAUUUUACAUACUAAUAUUUAGAGAAAAUCUUUAAAAACAACAACAUUAUAUAAAAGCUUCCUGACAUACAUGUAUUGCAGAUUCAAUUUUGUAAAAAUCAUGGCUCCAGAAUUAGGAUGGGACCAUGGGUCUCUUGUUUUACUCUAUCUAUUAUGCUAUUAUUGUAGUAAUUCGCUUUUCUGCCACUACUAUUGAUAUGUUGUUAUAUUUUACUUCGUGUUUGUUUUUUUAAAUAACAAUAUAUUUUAUGCAUAGUAUUCAACCCUUUAGAUAUCCCUAGGUAAGUUUGAGUCCGUCUCGAGUGAGGCUAUUAAUUAAAUAAUAAAUAAAUAAAAUAUAACUCUCUUCCGGUUUCAUGAAAUAAACAACUCGAAUACGAAGAUAGAAAUUUACGAAAACAAGUAGAAAAUAGUGAAAUGGAAAUAAUAUACAUGUACACCGAUGCUACCAUAUUAUUGAUUACAUAUGACGUCGAUGAGUUGUCGUCACCAAUGAGUUGCAUUUCUGUUAUUGCACAUAAUUUCUCUGACUUGUUGCAUCGGUACGUUUUUUCUUUUGAUUAGUUCACAAUGGGUGAACUAUAGCCUUCGGCGAUCGAGUUUUCGUUUGAUGAGUUCUCCGGUACCAGGAAAAGGUAUAUGGAAUUCUCAAGUUGAGAACCUGAUAUUAUCUUAUUAUGAACUCUGAUAUUAGGUUUAUUUGUUCGUAUUUUCCCUCUUUUUGUGAGAGAGCGUAAGUUGUUUACAAAUGUAUCUGCCAUUAUCUCGUGUGUUGGGCAUCAUUUUUACUGAGUAGUGUUGCCUAUAAAUCAUGUUGAUAUUAUUGAUUGUUUGGGUUUUUCCCCCAAAAUUAAGUAUGUAUUAAUUUUGUAUUAUUUAUAAAUAAUUCAUUCUUAAUCCACUGUAAAUAUAGAAUAUCAAUGGGUACGAGUAAAUUUUAAUAUAUAUUAACGUAAUUAGUUACAUGUAACUCGGUACACCUUAUAUUGAUUAAGUCUGCUAUUAUUUCUUCAUACAUCAGCUCUUUGGACAAAGGGGCAUGUCGUAAUUCGCCCAACACACAACAUUAAUUGGGAAGCUUACAUCCAAAAAACAUGUUGUCUGUUUUGUAAAUACGUUAGUAGAUAUAGUCUAGUUAUAAUGCUAGAUGUAUUUUGUUGUUGUUGUUCUCUCAUUCUCUGUUAUUAUUUGCCAUAUCGACAGGAAUUGCUUACUUCCCCUUUGCAAGAUCAAAAAUAAUCAUAAGUAAGAUAUAGUGUAUCCUUCUAGGCACUUGAUUUCACCUCUGGUGUGUCCAGGGGUCGGUGUUUGCCCAAUUAUUUAUUUUGUAUUGUUUAUAGGAGUUAUGAGAUUGCUCACUGUUAGUUAUCUUCACCUUUCAUUAUGUCAAAUGCUGUCUGAUGUGUUUCAUACCGAUUAUUAGGCCUUUCUUGACACAAUGAUCUUCACUACGGAUUACCAAUUUUUUUUUAAAAUUUCAAUUUUUUUAAUGUCAAGUUCCAUAUAAACAAAUGACAUAUACAAUAACAUACAAAAAAUGAAUAAUAUAUAUCAUGAACAUUAAAUAGAAUAGACGAAAUUUUCAAAAUGUUUAUAAUCAGCAAGUGAAUUGAGAUUUUUCAAAAUAUAAGCAUAAGUCAUUACUGAAAAUUGGACAUGGUGAAAAAUAUUAUAACAAGUUUCAUUGACCUACAAUAUAUUUUGAGAUUGAUUACCGUUCGCUAUCUUCACCUUUCAUAUUUGUAAAUUCUGUAAGCUAUAUAAGAAAUAAACAAUAUUCUCACAUUCAAAAGUUGAAGUUUCCUUUAUGUGACAGUUAUUACAAUUACUAUUUGUUUCUCGUUUCCAUUUACUGAGAUAUGCAUUAUUACAGUGAAUAUUAUUUGAAAGCUUGUAGUUAAAUCCAUAUAACUGCUUAUCAGGAAUAUCUAAUGCAAGGUGAAGAUACCGAACAGUGAUCAAUCUCAUAACUCCUAUAAGCAAUACAAAAUAAAUAGUUGGGCUAACACGGACCCCUGGACACACCAGAGGUGGGAUCAGGUGCCAAGGAGGAGUAAUCAUCCCCUGUUGACCUGUCACACUCGCCGUGAGCCCUAUAUCCUGAUAAGGUAAACGGAGUAAAAAACGCAGUCAAAAUCAAACAUUACGCUCCAUUCUCUCAGUCUUAUUCCAAAUAAAGUUGUGUACAAGACGUUGUAUUUUCUUAAUGUAGGCAUUAUCAGGUAAACUUAGUGUUGAAGCAACAUAUACAAGUUUAGAUAUAGCUAGUGUCUUUACUAUGCUUGAUUUACCAAAUAACAUUAGUUUUCUUCUCUUCCAUGGUUCAAAGAGGUUAUAUCGUGAUAAAUUGCCAGCCAAUGUUUAUCAUAACACUCUUUUGUAUCGUGACCAGUAUAAACUACCAUGCAAACAUCUUACUUCUUUAUACGUUAUCUUAAUACCAUAUAACUCAUAAUACAAAAUAUCUUAGAUUGCUUAAUGAAAGGCGAAGAUAACGAACAGUGAUCAAUCGCACAACUCACAUAAGCAAUGCAAAAUAUAUAGUUGGGCAAACACGGACCCCUGGACACAACAGAGGUGGGAUUAGGUGGCUAGAAGAAUACAUUAUGUCUUAGUUAUGUUUAUCUUUGAUCUUACAAAUUCGCAAAAUCCAUUUAGUAUAUCUAAAGAAGUCUUCAAUGGCAUUUCGUCGUUCAAAGCUAGAUUAAAUCACCCACAUGUUGUACAGGUUUUAUUUCAAGAAGCUAAAAUUUCUGCUACAAAGAGAUACAACAGAGCUGAGAUUGGGCAGCCUUGUCGAAUGCCUCUUGUCAUUUCAUAAGUUUUAGAUAACAAACCAUUGUUUUUCAUCUUAAACAAUAGAUUUGUGCAUGAUAUGUUCACCCAUUUUCAUAAAGGUAUUGCCUAUUUUGAAUUUUGGGGGAGUUUUAAAAAGGACAUUUCAUUCUACGGAGUCAAAAGCUUUUUCGAAGUCUAAGAAUAGUAAUUAAUUAAUAUUUCAGUUUUCAGUUUCACAGUAGUUGAAGGCAUCGAUUGUUUUUAGUCUAACGUUUUCUUCUAUAUGUCUUCCUUUUAUGUAUGCAGUCUGGUUUUCAUUUAUUAAUUUAAACAGUAUAUUAUGAAGUCUUUAUGCGAAAUCGAAAGCAAUAAUUUUGUAAUCUGUGUUUGUCAAACUUAUGGGUCUAUAAUUUUUAGGUUCUCUAUUUCGCCUUUUUUAUACAUGUAUAUAAGUUACAUAAUAGAAGGUCUUUGUGUAUAAGAAAGUUUUCCAUUAUCAAAAAUAUAUUUAAGGGCUUUGUAAAGAUAAGGAAACAAGCUGUUCCCCAAAAUAAUAAUAAUUCACUUGGAAGACCAGCUUGUUCAGGUGAUUUUUCCUUUUUAUACGCCUGCAUAAAAAUGCGGGCGUAUAAUGAUAUGACGCUGUCGUCCGUCUGUCCAUUCAACAUUGUUUUCACAACUCGUCCUAAACCUUUUGAGGAAUUUGAUGAAACUUAGUACAAAGAAAGAUCACAAUGUGGAGAUGUGCAUACUGCAAGGGGGAUACUGUCCACUGUUUUUAAAGGAGUUGUGGCCCUUACACUUAACUUUUUUCAUUCAAAAUACUUUGUCUUCCCAACCCUCCCUAAGCCCUUUGCUGGAUUUUGAUGAAACUAAGUGUAAAGAAAGAUCACAAUGUGGAAAUGUGCCUAUUACAAGGGGAUUGCUGCAUCACUAUCUGUCAAGGAGUUAGGGCCAUUGGACUUAGAUUUAUCUUAUGCAAUUACCUUGUUUUUGCAUCUCCUCUUAAACUCUUUAGGAGUUUCAUUAAAACUUAAUACAAAGGAAGAUCACAAUUUGUAAAUGUGCAUAUAAAAAGGGGAAUGCUGUCCCACUAUUUUUUAAGAAGUUACAGCCCUUGGACUGUAAAUAGAAAUGCAACUCAUCAUGUAUUUUAUUGUUACUUGUAAUUUGUUUUAUGCCUACAGAAUCAAACAUGUGGGAUCAUAUAGUCUUUGGUCUGUCUGUUUAUCUGUGAAAAAAAUCUUUGAAAAAUACCUUGAUUUUGCAACACAAAGAACAUUUUAUAUUGAUCCAUAUUAUCAUCCUUGGAUAUGGACUUACUUGUUCAAAUUUAUGGGUCAAUAAUGUAUGCGGGCGUAUCAUGUACCGGUUUAAAGGUGUUUUAUUUUUUAUAUAAUUGAUUGCAUUUUUACACUCUUGAUGUGUAGGAAAAGUUUCUAAUAACUUUUUGUCUUCAUUAUUUAGUUUUGGAAGAUUGUCCAUUUCAGAUAUUGAUAUAUUUUCUCAUCUGAUAUAUUUUUACUUGUAUAAAGUUCAUUAUAAAAGGAAUACAUCUCA